ACUCAGAGUACAUCACGGUUGUUCUUCGAACAGCUUCACAUAACUUAUCAAAAGUCUUAUAAAAUUUCACCGGCAUUCUCUAUGCAAAUACUUAGGAGAUUCUUCGGCAGAUCUACAUCCUAAAAAACAUAGAGAUUAGGUUUGAUAUUUCGCUGUUCAACGAUUCUUCUUACAAGAUACAGAUAGAAUCUUCUCUGAUGUUCAUAUAACUGAUCAUUCUGCCAAAAAGAUUCUGAAUUCUUGCAAUUCUGAAUAAAAUUCUCAGAUCUCUAUGUUUUUCUAUCAAAAACUUACAUGAAAUUGGUAUUACUCUUUCUUGGAGAACCUCCUUACAACAAUCUCCAGGUAUUGUCUUUAGGGUCAAAAAGAUCUUGGCAAGAACUAGAAGUAACAUAGAUGUAAGAAUCGUUACCAAAUCCUUUUUUUCUCAUAGAAAACUAGGAAAAGACUUCUGAAUUUUUAUCUGUGGAAUGAGCAUUCUCAAAGAUGAAUGUCAUAUUUUGUAGCGCUUGCUCUCACGAGAGACGAGACCCCUUCGAUAACGGCGAUUCCUUUUCUUUUUCCUUCAUUGUAGUAAUUCCCAAUAUUCCAGUCGAUGCCCGUUGGAAACAGAAUGGAGUGACUGUUGCUGGAGGCCAUGGAGAAGGCAGUGCCACCAAUCAACUCUCCUGGCCUUAUGGACUCUUCGUUGAUGAUGAUCAAACGAUAGUCAUCGCUGACUACUUGAAUCAUCGUAUCAUCCAAUGGAAGAUGGGUGAUACGAAUGGACAAGUUGUAGCUGGUGGCAAUCGCCAAGGAAAUCGAUUGGAUCAAUUGUAUUACCCAACCGAUGUAUUGAUUGACAAAGAGACUGAUAGUCUCAUUAUUUGUGAUCAAGGAAAUCGACGAGUCGUACGAUGGUCUCGUCGUAGUGGCACAACUCAAGGAGAAAUUCUCAUCGACAACAUCGAAUGUUGGGGAUUAGCCAUGGAUGAUCAGAGAUAUCUCUACAUCUCUGACACUGACAAACAUGAAGUAAGACGAUAUCAAAUAGGAGACAAGAAUGGAACUAUUGUGGCUGGUGGCAAUGGCGAUGGUGCUGGUCUCAAUCAACUCAACGAACCGAGCUACAUCUUUGUCGAUCAACAACUGACUGUCUACGUGUCAGACAAGUACAAUAAUCGUGUAAUGAAAUGGAAUAUAGGUGCAAAAGAAGGAAUUGUUGUCGCUGGAGGUCAAGGACAAGGAAAUGCUCUGACACAAUUGUGGUAUCCUCAAGGACUGUUCGUCGAUACAUUGGGUACCAUCUAUGUGGCAGACUCGGGGAAUCAUCGAGUGAUGCGUUGGCCUAAAGGAGCGAAACAAGGCACUGUCAUUGUGGGUGGAAAUGGUUAUGGAGAAAAAGCAAAUCAGUUCAAGUCUCCCGAGGGUUUGUCCUUCGAUCGACAUGGCAAUCUCUAUGUCGUCGAUUGGGACAAUCAUCGCGUUCAACGCUUUUCAAUCGAAUAG